AUGAAGAUCACACUCCCGACCUUGUUGGGGUUUGCGGCGACAGCUGCAUCUGCCAAUCUCCAUAUUCAAACCUCUAGCGGUACUAUUCAAGGAGGUGUGAACAGCACAUAUCCUCAUGUCCGCCAAUUCCUGGGAGUUCCUUUCGCCCAGCCUCCCGUUGGAGAGCGUCGCUGGCUUCCUCCCCAGUCGCUCUCGCCAAGUGCCACCACGAAGCAUAUCGAUGCGACCACAAUGCCCCCUGCCUGUCCGCAAAUCACAACCGGCACUGUAUUCGCGGAAUAUGAACCGGAAAUCAUUAUCGCUGGUGGUAUGAGUGAGGAUUGUUUGACUUUGAGCGUCUGGGCCCCAAACAACAGCAAGACCGACUUGCCCGUUAUCAUUUGGUUCUACGGUGGUGAAUGGAAAUCUGGCGGAACAGACGUGCCUGCAUGGUAUCCAAGUCCCUGGAUUGAGCGCUCCCAGGAGCACAUUUUGGUUGCUGUUCAGUAUCGUGUGAACGUAUUCGGUUUCCCUGCUUCGAGGGCCCUUGACGAGCAGAACUUGGGUAUUAUGGACCAACGUGCCGGCAUUGAAUGGGUGCAAAAGAAUAUCGCUCAAUUCGGAGGCAAUCCCGAGCGGAUGAUCCUCUGGGGUCAGAGUGCAGGCGCAGGCAGUGUUGAUAUCCAGAACUUUGCUUACCCUGACGACCCUAUUGUCCAAGGAUUUGCCGCCAAUUCUGGUUCAGUUUUCCUCACAAUUCAUUCACGUUCGACAGAUACUGCGGGAACGAACUUCUCGUCUGUUGCCUCAUACUUUGGCUGCUCAGGUUCGGCUCAGCACGAGCUGAACUGCUUGCGCAAGGUUCCGGCAUCCAAUAUCACCGCUUAUCUUGGUACCACAGAUGGCUCUGACCUGACAUUUGCUCCUUUCAUUGAUGAUCGAUUGGUCUUCAAUAACUAUACCGAGCGUUAUCUGGGCAAACACCUCUCCAACAAGCCUGCCAUGUUCGGUUCUAACCUCGACGAGGGUACUCUGUGGUAUGAUGCUACCGAUAGUGCCGGAGCUAAGGCAAUGACCCUAUCUACCUUUGAAUGUCCUGUCCCGUACUCGACCGCCCUCCGAGAUUCUCUUGGUUUGACUACCUACCGCUACCAGUACCGUGGUAAUUUCACCAACAUUUCGCCAGAGUCCGGGCUAGGUGCUUACCACACAGCGGAGCUGCCGCUCAUUUUUGGCACUUCCAGCAUCUACGGCCCCGACACUCACUUUGAGAAGGUUGCCAGCGCUAAGAUGCAAGAUUUGUGGUUGGCUUUUGCGAAGGAUCCCAAGAGCGGACUGUCUAAGCAAGGUUGGCCUAAGUCGACGAGUGGAGAAGUCUUGCUAUUGGCCGAUACUGCCAAUCAGAAGGUCUCUGCUCUGGUAGCGGACAGUGUCAUUGAUGAUGCUUGCACCAGCUAUUAUUCGGCAUACUUGGUUUAA